AUCAUAUACUAAUGUAUUUACCAUGUCGUCUGCUACACUCAUUCGUUUUUCUGAUUUUCGCUCUUCUAUCUGUCGCAUCUGUUCAUGCAGGCAGUAAUACCGCUGCUUCGACAGCUUUCAUUGACACAGGUGUCUUAGUCAACGGCUUGGGCGAGUAUUAUGAGAACAUUGUCGAUCAAGUCAUGGAAAUCACCACCGAAGAUAUUAUUACGGCUGCUCCACAAGCAUUCACAUCCAUUCACAAAACCCAUGAGGUGAUCGGCAAUGUAGAUCAACCAAGCGCAUCACUAAAUUUUGUACAUUCUCUUCGCGCCCAUCUCAAUCUCAUGCGUUCCAACUUGCUGGCUUCAAUCCGUCCACUAGUAGAAUCCGAUCUACCUAUAUCUGUUCGCCAGAGUAAUAAGAACGAUAAUUAUAAUUUACCGUCAGCCCGUAUUGCUGCUGUCGAACUCACAGAAGAUGUUUUCAUGAUGAACCAACGGCUUGCUAUACAACUGGGGCUCAUUAUAAACGCAGAACAAGCGGCGCCUUUAAUCAUCCAGCAAUCCUUGCCAUACAGCUCAAAAGCUACAGUUUCACGAGCAAGCGAUGGACAGCAAAGGUUUUACGACAGUGGACAUUCCUCGGAGAAUCAAUGGCUCCAAGAACACCAAGCGCUGGAUGAUUGGCUCCGUACUUGGUUGGAAGACAUUCAUCAAACUUUGUCCAUCGAAUUUGAUGACCGGAUACAGGAUGCGAUUCAAUUCAUCAUGGAAGACUUUCUCCUUGAUGAAUAAGAACUCCUCCGAAGCAAGUUUCAACUUGGAAAUGAAAAUGCAAUCAUACCCCUUUUAUCCAUGCAAUUAUUUUCACCAAUACAUACUAGUACCUUUACAUUCAAAACAUAAUAU